AUGGAGAAUACCUCGCUCGAUAAACCAUGGCUUUUCGAUCUCCGCUCAUCAAAGCAGCUCAUCGGACUAGCUGUCUUCUCAACGACCUUUACUGAUGGAUUCCUUUACGGGAUCAUCGUAUCCGUGCUUCCUUUCUCUCUAACCGUUCGGUACGGGGUGCCAGAAGCCGACGUUCCAUUCUGGACAUCAACCUCCUUGGCCGUAUUCGGACUCGCCAUGGUACUUGGCGCACCGAUAGCAGGAUGGAUCGUCGGAAGAUGCGAGAGACGCCAGGUGCCAUUCCUGGGAGGCCUCUCUUGCGCCUUCGGUGCCACUCUUUUGUUCAUGCUUGGAGCCAAGCCAUGGGUCAUUAUAAUGGCAAGGAUUUUCCAGGGUUUAUCUGCGGGAGUGGUCUACACUGCUGGCUUGACGCUGCUAGUGGACACGAUCGAGUCGCACGAGCUGGGGCCCUGGAUUGGCUUUGGACUCUCCGGUAUGAAUUUUGGGGUGCUCGUAUCACCCACUCUCGGAGGAAUUGUAUACGAGAAAGCAGGGUUCUAUCCUGUCUUUAUCAUGGGGCUUGGCGUGGUCCUCGUCAGCUUGGUGCUUAUUCUACUCAUGAUUGACAGAAAGACUGCUGCGAAAUAUAGAGUGGAGGAUACUACCACUGGAUACUGUUCCGCUCCGAAUGGAAAUGGCACAAAGAGUGCCAUUGCAAAUGGCAAACGGCGCCUAUCGACUGUUGGAGAUGGAGAUCCCAAUGUGACAACACCGCUACUCUCACACUGCCGCGAACCCUCUGCCAGUGUUGCAAUAGAUCCUUCUUGGUGCACUAUUGUUGGAGGCUUUCUUCGAAACCAUUGUAUAUUUGCUGCACUCUAUGGAUGCCUCAUCAACACAAUCCUGGUUAGUGCCAUGGACACCGUCCUGCCAAUCUUCAUCAAGCAGACUUUCCACUGGAUGUCCGGUGCUACAGGAGCCAUGUUCUUGAACUUGACCAUUCCAUCAUUGAUCGGCCCAUUCAUUGGGAUGAUCUCAGACAAAUAUGGUGUACGAUUGAUCUCGGCCCUUGGUUUCACACUCUCAGCAGUAGCAGUUGUUCUUCUUGCCUUUAUACAACACGACGAUAUCACAGAUAAAGUUCUGGCUUGCAUACUGCUAUCCUUCGUUGGGAUAGGUUUGAAUACAUCGUUGACCCCAUUGGUUACGGAGAUACCACGGAUUGUGAAGACCAUCCAGGAGGAACACCCUGAUAUAUACGGCGAGAAGGCUGCGGUUACCGAGGGAUACAUGCUACUUGAUGCCGUAUUUGGCGCUGGUACUGUCAUAGGACCGUUGCUCUCGGAACUUGUAUUCCACAAUCUGGGUUGGAUGGGAUGCACCGCUUUCCUGGGAUUCUUGAGUCUCUCAGCGAUAGUUCCGGUGACGGUCCAUCUGACCCCACAUCCCAAAAGCCGAUAA